UUGUAACCCCUCUACAAAAUAUCGCGGCCGAGAAUGUAAGCCUCUUGCAUUAUUUCAGCCAAUCAGGGCCAGCGAUGUGAAAUAUCGUUUCUCACGAGAUGUUUCCCCGCAGGCACGGUCCAAGAGCAUUGCUGCAUGCUGAUCCAUUGAUUUUAAAAACUGACCGGAGACUGACCCUGAAUAGUUAUGGCAGAAAUGUCUGACUUCCAGAAGGCUCUUGAAGCCAGCAAACAUCUUAUUGCUAAAUUUGAUGCAACCGCUAAAAAUUGUCCUGCUACGCCAGUGCAAUGGCAGCCACGGGACAGCAAUGGGGAAAUGCUCUUUAAAAGACCUGGUCAAGCACCACGAGGGCAAAUUCCGGCCAAAAAAGCAACAAGCAGCAUUCCUGACACGGAAACUGUUUCCUUAGAUGUCCUAGAUACAAAUUUCCAGGCCUACUCUGUCGACCAAAAAAUAAACCCUGGAACAUCGCAGGUGAAUGUCAGCUGGGGUGACAGGCAGGCUCUAAGCUCAGAGAGAUGGAGCUCUAUCAGGGACUCCUUAGUCCGAGCCUUGAUGUCCUCUGAGGUCUUAGAGCCUGCCUGCAAAAUCUGCAGCAAAAGGGCAGUCAUUCACUGCCAGGCAUGUAUGCCGAAGGAAUUCCUGUGCAGUGAGUGCGAUGAGAUGGUUCAUGCACAUCUUGUGCUACAUGACAGGAGUGCCACAAUUAAGGGCUUUCACCAGCCCAUAUCACCCACGACUGUAGUCCAGCCUGAGGGUGACACAUUCAAAUUGACGGAAACAGUGCGAUUUCUACCAAUAAGUAUCCCCAAAUUAUGUGGCUGCUGUCCCAGUGCCCUGUCGAUGACAGCAGCCAAAGGCGUUAUCCUGGUUGGGAUGAAUGGGCGUUACAACCUGUCCAUCCCUACCAUCACGUGUGGCCUGUGCCAAAAGAGUUGGACAGCUGGGUUGGAGGACCUGGUCAGGUGUGGUUACUGGCCUGCCACGGUGAAUCACCACACCUUGUACCAGGUCAAUAUGCUGACAGCAUUCCAGCAGUUGAAGUUGCUUGCUCCGGGCUUGUCGCGUCAGGCAUACCUUGGCAUGUUGGAGGAGAGGAGUAGAGCCUGUGGGAGAUCCAGCAACAUCUGUGGAGAUACUUUUCAGCGGGCCUUCAUAGAGUGGUCCCACGCAGAGCAUGAGGUGGAGAGGGCCAUGGGGAUGGACCCAUUUCUCUGCUCUGCGUGUGCUCCUAUAAUGCACGCCAUUGCUGUGGAUGGCAAUAGGAAGCAUUAUCGCUUCAAAAAUGCCACAGGGUCUAAUGUAGGUCUGUUUGAUGGUUCCUUCUUUGCCAAGGACGAAGAGGUGGCCAGCUUUGUGCAGUCCAUCCACAGCAACACAAAGCAUACAUCAGGCAGUGGCAGGUGUGGGACAAGCCAGUGGGCAGCAGCUAAGGAGAUGAGUAGACCCUCCUCGUCAAAAAUUGAUGAGGAGGGUUUGGAAAUAGCUGUCUGCAGGCAUGGGGUUCUCCUACGAGCUUUAAACAUGUUCAGGGGAGAAAUCUUUGCAUAUCCCCUCUACUUGCAUAGAGAACUCAUGCCCCUUAGGCCUGCAUUCCUUUGCAUGGAUGUGGCCUGCAAGUACUUCCCAUACCUGAAUAGGGUGGCCUCAGUGUUUCAGGAGUUGCAGGCACUGCAGGCAGUCCGACCCCUCCUUUCGGUCAUGCAUGCCAAAGCCCACUCAUGGACAUGCGAGCUGAAAUGGGGAGGCCGCAACCAAGAAGGCGCAGGGAACACCAUUGGCGAGGAGGUUGAACAGGUCAACAGUUUUUUGUCUAGGGCUGCCAUUUCAACCAAAUACAUGUCGAAAGGAGCACGAAGAGACAUGAUUACAGUGUUGGCAAUUUUGUGGAACCAUCGAAAGAUGGCAAACCUCCACAAAAUAUUGGCCCAGAGGUAUUCAAAGGCGCAGAGAAGACUAGAUGAAGAAAUCAAAAACCUGCAUGCCCUCUGUGCAGAGCUGAGUGUUGAUGACACUCAGCUCCAACAGUGGAUCUCUGAAGUCCAAGGCUGGCCAUGUGCCUCUACUGUCGUGGAUGAGCAUUCCCUGGAGCACCAGAUUGAGCACCUUUACCUCAGCAUCCGGCAGCGGAAGCACAUGCUGUACAGAGAGACUGACUCCAAUAAAAGACGACACUCCAUCCGGCGGAAAAUAGCAGGCGACAAAAAGAAAUUGGAGUCUGCUAUUGACCAAUUAGAUGAGGCCUACAAGGCAAAACUGCCAUCCCUUGAUGACAUGCUUGUCCAUGACAAUUUCAUCUGGCCCUGGGAGAGUCUGUCUUCGAGCAAUGGGAAUCUCUCUCACAAAAAAAGAGCAUUCGACAUUGCCAUGCUGGUCAACCGGUUUCAUGAGGAGGUACAAAUUGUUGUGGGGGAGAUGCACCGGCACAUUAACUCCCUUGAGUUACAGCUCGACCGGGUGAAAUCCCUGCUCCAGGAUAACUUAGAUCCGUUAGUCGCACCAAGAGGAAAUUAGAAAGAGUUGUCACCAAAGUCUCCAAAAUCACUGGUUGUGACCCUCCAUCAAUCCACUCUUCAAACUUCUGCCCUCUGGAAGACACUGUAGACUGGAACGACAGCUUCUACCCUUCAGAGACAACUCAGAUUUGAGACAACUCAGAUUUGCAACUCUUCUUGUUUUAUUUAUUUAUUUUAGCCCCUCCUGCUAUUACAGUUUUUUCUGAUUGCUUAAGCACAUUUUUUGUAACUAUUGGCUAUUUUUGCAAAACUCUUCACUCAAAUAACAAAACUUUUCACCAAAUUAUCAAAACAUUGUAGUUCUCUUGCAAAAGCGAACACAGCUUGAUUAACUCUCCAUACCUUCGUAAAAAUUGUGCUUCAAACACAAGUCAUCAUUUACUAAGCACACAAUGUUUCAACUACACACUGAUGGUAUGAAUACAAGACACAUCUGGCUUUUGCUUUCUCUGUGCACAAGGUAGGCUACAGUAUGUCAGUUUGAGGUAAUACUUUUGUCAUAGUUCUGUAAACAUACAGGGACCCAAACUUCAAGUAUUGGUGUUCACACUCAUUAAAACAAAUACAAAGUCAAAACACAAAAUAGUAAUUUAAAAAUUGUGCUAAAAGAAUCACGAUUAGCGUUUACGUAAGCAUUCAGAAAAAAACUGUAAUCCCCCCUCCCCAGACUGAGCUACCAAAAAAUACCACCAACAUUGUUGUGUGGCUAUUAAAGUUUCUAAAGUUUCUAUUCUAUAAUGUCAUAAAGGUGUUUUACUGAUGAUGCAUCUUUGAUAGUAAAAUGUUUUCUUUUCAGGUGAACCAGAACAAAACAAAAUCAAAAGACACAUCUUUGAGCUGGAAGGAAACAUUACAGCGGCACUUCUAGUUUACGGUCCUGCUUUCAUCGGUGGCAGUGUGGUUGUUGAGGUACCUC